AUGCAUCAUAAGAGUACGGUCAAAAAGACAUUCAAAGUCGUGUUCUUCUUUAUUCAAGCACUAGUGUUUAUUUCUGGGGUUGGAGGAUCGAUAGUCGGAACAACUGUUUAUCUAACAGCUCACGAGUUACUUCAGAUACCUGAAAAGGUCCUUGUUAUUUCGUAUUUGCUAAGCAUAUUAGAAGUCUUAUCAGCCAUACUUGGAUACACGGCACUGGUAUCAAGAAGGAAGCUUCGGAUGCUUGUCUAUGUCUUAAUCACACUCAUUCUCAUGAACACGCAGGCCAUGAUGGCAGUCAAGGGUUGGACUAUUUAUGAAAGGUCACGUGCAUGGGGUGAUUGGAGAUGGAGCUCAUUGACAGAAAAUCAAAGAAGCUUUGUUCAAACAAAGUUCAAGUGCUGCGGGUUUUCCAAUCCAACGGAUAGAAGCGGGCCUAACUGUGGAGGAGGAAAAGGUUGUGCGGAUGUUGUCUAUAAGCUCUCUAGAAAUGUGUCGGUACUUAUGCAGAGGAUAUUAAUGUUUCUAUUCUUUUUUGAAUCUGUUGGGAUUGGAAUAUUAAGCAUGCUAAGACUUAGAAAGUGA